AAUAAGGAGGUACGAGAGGCGGUAAUACAACAUUAAAAUUGCGUCCUAGCGGUCAUACGGGGUUCUUGGGCAAACUAGCCACAAGCAUCCCCAAUCAUGGCGAAAACGAAGGAUGUUCUAGCAAUGCCAUCUCCACUAACAACACCACACGAUCACAAACAGAGCGCCAAGCAAGAAACAAUAGCUAAUACACUUCACCUGCAAUCUUUUUUCUUUUUUUCACGCCGGGAUUGCUGUUGGUUUGCUCACAAUUUGCGUAUUUUUUAUGGAAAAUUGGUGAAGAGAGUUCAUCCCAUAGGCUCCAUUGGGAAUCAGAAUGUUGGCCUCGUCAGAAUUUGCGUAAUUUUGAUGGAGUUGAUUUCGUCUGAACUGCUUCAAGAUUGGAGUUGAUUUCGUCUGAACUGCUUUAAAAGAAGAAAUUCCAUCUCAUCGGCUUCAUUGAGAAUCAUAAUGGAGACUCAAGAAAACAUUGUUGCUGGAACUCAUAUAUGGGUGGUAGAUCGAGAAUUGGCUUUUAUAGAUGGAAUUGUUAUCAACGUUGUAGGACAGGAAGUUGAGAUUCAAACAAGUGAUGCAAGGGCGAUUGUUGCAAAGUUGUCAGAAGUAUACCCGAAGGAUGCAGAAGCUACUGCUGGUGGUUUUGAUGACAUGACUAAGAUAUCAUAUUUGCAUGAACCUGGAGUCCUGCACAAUUUAGCCACAAGAUACGAAGCCAAUGAAAUUUAUACCUACGUGGGAAACAUUCUGAUUGCACUCAAUCCUUUUCAAGGAAUCUCAAAUCUGUAUGAUACUUAUAUAAUGGAACAGUACAGGGGAGCACCAAUUGGAAAGCUAAGACCUCAUGUUUUUGCAAUUGCUGAUGUUGCAUAUAGGACAAUGAUUAAUGAAGGAAAAAGCAACUCUAUACUAGUCAGUGGUGAAAGUGGGUCUGGUAAGACUGAGUCCACUAAAAUGAUCAUGCGAUACCUUGCAUAUCUGGGUGGUCGUGCUUCUGCUGACGGACGGACUGUCGAACAACAAGUUUUAGAAUCAAAUCCAGUUCUUGAAGCAUUUGGCAAUGCAAAAACUGUUAAAAAUAACAAUUCCAGUCGUUUUGGGAAAUUUGUUCAGAUUCAGUUUGAUAAGCAAGGAAGAAUAUCUGGGGCAGCCAUUAGAACUUAUCUUUUAGAGAGAUCUCGUGUUUGCCAAAUUGCAGAUUCUGAGCGUAACUAUCAUUGUUUUUACCUUCUCUGUGCAGCACCACGAGAGGAGAUUGAGAGAUAUAAGCUAGGAAAUCCGAAGUCAUUUCACUAUCUCAAUCAAUCCAAUUGCUAUGAAUUGGUUGGUGUUAGUGAUGCUCAUGAUUAUCUUGCAACAAGGAAAGCUAUGGAUAUUCUUGGAGUAAGUGAGAAAGAACAGGAGGCAAUAUUCAGAGUUGUGGCUGCUAUUCUUCAUCUUGGUAAUGUUGAUUUUGCCAAGGGGGAAGAAGAUUCAUCGGUUAUAAAAGAUGACAAGUCAAAAUUCCAUCUUAAAAUUACAGCAGAGCUUCUCAUGUGUGAUCUUGAUGCACUUGAAAAUGCAUUGUGUAAACGUAUAAUGAUUACUAAAGGAGAAAUUAUCAAAAGAAGUCUUGAUCCACUUGGUGCGACAGUUAGCAGGGAUGGUUUAGCCAAGAUUAUAUAUUCUCGUUUGUUUAAUUGUUUUGAGCAGUUUUGCAUUAAUUUUACAAAUGAAAAGCUGCAACAACAUUUCAACCAGCACGUGUUCAAGAUGGAGCAGAAUGAAUACUCAAAAGAGGAAAUUGAUUGGAGCUAUGUAGAGUUCAUUGAUAACCAAGAUGUGGUAGACCUUAUUGAGAAGAGGCCAGGAGGAAUCAUUGCUUUACUUGAUGAAGCAUGUAUGUUUCCUAAGUCAACUCAUGAAACAUUUGCACAAAAGCUUUACCAGACAUUCAAAGAUCACAACCGCUUCAUAAAGCCAAAAUUGACUCGCUCAGACUUUACUAUUGUUCAUUAUGCGGGAGAGGUUCAAUAUCAGUCAGAUCACUUCUUAGACAAAAACAAAGAUUAUGUUGUUCCUGAACAUCAAGAGUUGUUGAGUGCUUCGAACUGUUCUUUUGUAGCAGCCCUGUUUCCUUCGGUUUUUGACGAGACGACUAAGUCUUCCAAGUUUUCAUCUUUAGGUUCUCGUUUUAAGGAGACAACUAAGUCUUCCAAGUUUUCUUCUUUAGGUUCUCGUUUUAAGCUACAACUACUACAAUUGAUGGAUACACUAAAUUCUACACAGCCUCUUUACAUUAGAUGUGUGAAGCCAAAUUAUUUGCUGGAACCUGCCUUAUUUGAUAAUAUAAGUGUCAUGCAACAACUACGUUCUGGUGGUGUUCUAGAGGCCAUUAGAAUCAAAUGUGCUGGAUAUCCCACAAAUAGAACUUUCACUGAAUUUCUAGAACGAUUUAGUAUUCUUGCACCAGAGGUUCUGAAACAGAACCAUGGGGAACCAGAUGCCUGCAAAUGGAUAUUGGAAAAGAUGGAAAUUAAAGGGUAUCAGAUUGGAAAGACAAAGGUUUUCCUAAGAGCUGGACAAUUGGCUGAGCUAGAUGGGCGGAGAACAAUUAUACUUGGUGGUUCAGCUAAAGUUAUUCAGAGUCAAGCUAGAACUCGUAUUACUCGAAAACAAUACAUUGCUAUCUGUCGUGCUUCUGUUGAUAUACAAUCUUUUUGUCGAGGGGAAUUGGCUCGCCAAUACUAUGAGUACCUGAAGAUAUCAACAGCCGCUGUUAAAAUUCAGAAGAAUUUGCGAAGAUUAGUAUCAAGAAGAGACUUUUAUAAGGUAAAGGCUGCUGCAAUUCUCUUGCAGACAUGCUUACGGACAAUGGCUGCUCAACGUGAAUUCAGCUAUAGACUACGACUGCAUAACAGGGCUGCAGUCAUUAUUCAGGCCCGUUGGGGCAGCCACAGAGCUUCUUCAAACUAUAAGAAACUCAGAACAGCAUUGCUUUUUACGCAAAGCAGAUGGAGAGGAAUAAUGACCCGAAGAGAGGUUAGGAAACUAAAAAUGUCAGCUGGUGAGGCUGCACAGGAAGCAAAUGAACCAUGCACUAUGACCAGCAAAACUUUGAAUGAUGUCCAAGAGGCUGAAGCGGAGAAUUAUUCUAAUCAAACUGAGUCUCCUUUAUCUUUAGAGGGAUGUAAGGGUACAGCAGAUGCAAAUGAAUCAUGUUCAACCCACAAAACCUUGAUUCCUGUUGAGGAGGCCGCAAAGAUUGAAACCCUCACAACAGAAGUUGGGAAGAUGAAGGAAUGUGAGGCUACAGAGGCUGAAAAGAUUAAAACCCUCACUGAAGAGGUGGAAAAGUUGAAGGCCUUGUUGGUGGCAGAAACACAAAGAUCUGAGUAUGCUGAAAGGCAAUGUCUUGAAGCCUGGGAACUUAGUGAGAAAAGACUUAAGAAAUUAGAAGAAACUGAAAGGAUAGUCUAUCAACUUCAAGAUUCUUUGAACAGGCUGUUGUUUUGCAUGUCAGAGCAAUUUUCACAGCUGAAGACGAUCUUAUGUUCUUCAUCAACAUCGAAUUCAUCUGCUCGACCCAUUAUUAGGGAGGAGCAUUGUGAUACUUUGGAUAACUCUGAUGCUUCAUCAACUGACUCUGAUUUCACUUUCCCAGCACCAGUUCUUACCUCUGCAAACGUCUCUCCAGUUAAAUCCAAUGCCCUUCAGCUGAUAGUGCAGGACAUUUCAGCCACAGAAAUUACAGGAUGUGAGAACUGGGACAAAGGCAAAGAAGCAGCAUUUGAUGAUUACUUCUAAUGGAAUGGAUUGUUAUAUUCAUUUCUGUUCUUUCUAUCUUAGAUGUUAAUAUAGUGAUGUCUCUGUUGGCAUCUUAGUGUAGGCACCUCUAACUCAAAGUGAUUUGUCAUAUAGACUUCAUACAAGAUCUUAGAUGAAUCAUUUCUCUCAGGAUGCUGUAGAUUAAUUAGUCAGGUAUUCCAAUCAAACUAUCAUUAUAGGAAAAAAGUAGAUUAGUAUUAGCAGUUUGCAAAUGUUCAUAUGUUCAUUGUUUUCUCUAACAAGGAGUGAAAGUGCAAAACUGCCAUAUGCCAAAUGAAUUCGUAUUUCAAGCUGUUCCCCACAUUGUGUCUUUACUUUUAUAUGAUUUAUGAAUCAUGAAGUGGUAAUCAAUUCUGCAACAUGCAUUGUCAAACUCAUGUGACCAUUUAGCUAUGAAGAGAGGACUGCAUCAAUGAAUGAAGGAGAUACAACAAGAGAGCACUGAAGGGCAAGCAAACAAGCUUCUCCGACUGGAUAAUUUAAGACAUGAGCUACACUAUUGAGGUUGGAUUUUCUCAAUCCUGUGUUCUUAGUAUGGCAAGUCUCUUUUUAACUUUUGAGAUUUAUUUUGUAAAUUAAAUGUAGAACAGCAAUAUAUUUAGAAGAGACAUCUUGUUCAAGAUUUUUAUUUCCA